AUGACGAUGGUGUCGCCGACACCCGUUGGCCAGGGAAGCCACUUCACUUCCCUCGGCCGCCGAACAUCCACACGACAGGCAUUGCGGCGCCCUCCCUCGCGAUCACAGAUGGGCCCAGCCCCGGUAGCACCGGCAGCUGCGGCGUCGGGAUCUAGAAGAAGCGUAUCUUCGGCAGCAAGCAGCAGCAAUGCCGAUUUCGACGCGGCACAGCAGGCACAGCAAUAUUCCACCCUGCACGACAGCUCAGACGAUGAGAUGCCUAUUCCUAUGAAGCUCAGUGCUCUCACCAAGGCGCUGCUCAGCGAUGGCGGCUCGACCUCAGAGGACCGACCCGUCAGCAUCGCAGCCGCUGCUGCAGCCGUUUCCACCGCGACAGGACCAGCAAUGGCAACGCGGAGACGAAGUGCUCUAAAUCGGUCGACCUCCUCCAGCACGACUGGCGAGAGCGACCAGCACCAGCAGUCGGCAGACCGGACGAGCAUGCGGCAGACACGAAGGCACGUGCGAUCCAGCAGCAUCCAGGCAUCUGGUGCCUCCAGUGCUGCUCCGACAUCGUCGUCCUCCCGGCCUACGUCGCCUCAAUCGCGCCAGCAAGACAGCAGCCCGGUACCGAGGAAACGCGUUGUCCGGCUCAGUGCGGCCACGCCGGCCAAUGGCAUAGUGGCACAGCCACCGCCGCCGCUUCGACGGUCGCUUUCAGCGUCAAAGCACAGUCGGUGGACGGCACCGGCCAGCGGACAGGACAAGGCCGAGGACAGGCCUACAAGUGGCGGCAGCAAUCAUCUGGCAGAUCCGCCAGCGGCACCUCUGACUGCUUCGACGGCUGCCGUGGCCAUGGCGUCUUCGGUCCUCUCCGGUGAUGUAGAGGGUGCAUCCGUUCUGGCGCCUGCAUCGCAGCCAAUAGUCACGUCAACGACAUCGUCCUCCUCCUCGGCAGGAAGCGUCAACACGCCAGGAUCCGGCGUGAGAAAAGUGCAGAUUGCAGUAGGCUCUGCAGGCCGAGGCAGCCGUGCGCGUCUGUCAGCUUCGUCGUCUGCACUGUUUCUGUCGAGACGGACAGAGUCCGGCCAGCAGAGUGAUUCUGAGUUGGGCCAUGACGAUGCGCCAGCCACGGCUGGUCGGCCACAGAGUAGCAGUGCAUCGCAACACACAGCACACAGCGGCAGCCGCGAUGUGGACCAGCUGGCGCUGCAGAGCUCGAUCCGGGUCAAGCGCACGGGCAAGGCGCUGGGCGGCGGUUUUCUCAGCGGCCCUGCACGACGCGGAAGACGGCGACAGAGCGAGGAGGAUGGCGAGGACAACAGUCCCGAGGAUAUGAUGCCACAUCAAGGCGGUGAUCUCAUGACGGCCAGCCGGGAUGCAGAUGUUCCAGGCUCUGUCGGCGGGGCAGGACAGCCGUAUUUCGACCACUACGGCCGCGACUUUGCUGCAGCCACCGGCAGUCCUGUGAGUGCGAGAAACUCGUUGUCCCAACGGUCGAACAGUCUGCGGAGUCAUUCGCCCAAGAUCGAGUUGCUGUUGCAGCAACGUGAAGAGGAGCUGGAGAAGCAGCGGCUUCGACAAGAACAGCAGGAACAGCAGGAGCGACAGCAGGAGCGUCAGCAGGAACGACGGCAAGAACGACAGCAACGGCGAGUCUCUGGGAGCGAAGAGGCAGCCGGUAUGCGUGCCGUGCCUUCCUCGACUGGCCGUUCAGCCAUGCCGUCCUCCAGCGAUAAGGAAAACGAGCUGCUGUUCAACGUUCAUAUUCCCAAGCCACUGCUGGUGCAGAGUCGUGACGAUGACAAGGAGCGAAACAGCAACAAGGAGCUGCUUCCGGCCCUGCAGCCAAUCGAGGCAAAAAUGUCAGUGUCGACAUCCAGGGUGGCAGCCGCACUCGAGGCCGCACGGCUACCACCACUCUCGCCAGACAGGAAGAUUCUCGCCUCCAUCAGCCGCAACACACCGCAUCGACCAGCACCACCACCACCGCCACCAAAGAUGACCGUUCUGGAGACGGCAACUGCCGCAACAGCCGGUCCGGCAGCUACAGCACAGGCAAACAAGAAGCCACGGAUUCUGCUCAAGAUCAACGGGCGGUCGUAUCAGCGGGUCGACUGCAUCGGCCGCGGCGGCAGCGCAAAGGUGUACAAGGUCACGGCGGAGAACGGAAAGAUGUUUGCGAUGAAGCGGGUGUCGCUGGAAAACGCCGACGAGUCGACAAUCCGCGGAUACAUGGGCGAGAUCGACCUGCUGAAGAAGCUGGCCGGCGUGGACCGUGUGAUCCAGCUGUUCGACUUUGAGAUGAACAAGGAAAAGCAGAUGCUGAGUCUGCUCAUGGAACUGGGUGAGAUGGACUUGAACUCGCUGCUGCGCGUGCGUCAGAACCGUGAGGGCGCCCGCCUGGACCCCGUCUUUGUGCGGUUUUACUGGAAGGAGAUGCUGGAGUGCCUGCAGGCUGUGCACGCACAUGACAUUGUGCAUUCGGACCUGAAGCCGGCCAACUUUGUGCUGGUGCAGGGCCGGCUGAAGCUGAUCGACUUUGGCAUUGCCAACGCCAUCCAGACCGAAGAAACCGUCAACGUGCACCGUGAGACACAAGUCGGCACGCCCAGCUACAUGUCGCCCGAGUCGUUGAUGGACUCGCAGCAGUAUGCCUUCACGGCCAACCACAACGGCCGCGGAAUGUUUCUGCCCAGCGGCGGUCAUCGGGGCGCGCCCAAGGUUAUGAAGUUGGGCAAGCCCAGCGACGUGUGGAGUCUGGGCUGCAUUUUGUACCAGAUGGCCUACGGCCUGCCGCCGUUUGGCCACAUUCAGAACCAGAUGGCACGCUGCCAGGCCAUCAUCACCUGGUCACACACCAUCGACUUUCCAGCCCGCGGUCUGGGCGGCGCUGUCGUGCCGUCAGGCCUGCUGGCCACCAUGAAGCGCUGUCUGAACCGUGAACAGGGACUGCGGCCGACCUGCAAAGAGCUCCUGCUGCCAACAGACCCAUUCCUGUACCCGGAGGCCGCCAUGGCAGCAGACGGCCUAGACAGCAUGCCCGUCACAGAGGAGCUGCUUAGCCGCAUCAUCCAGAGCGUCGUCACGCGGUGUCGAGAGCGGAUGCCCACCGAAGGCGAGGCCAUGUCAGCAUGGCCGGCCGCAUACUGGGCGAGCGUACGGCGAGCCGUGACGGCACGAGAGGAGACAUGA